CUCUACUAACGGUAUCUGUCAAAGUUCCAAGAAAAAGGUUGUCCAUUUUUCUUCAGUGACGGAAUCUUUUUGCUUUUGUUUGGGUUUCUGAUCAAUUUAAAUGAAUUUCGUGGUCCUGAUUUAAUUGGCAUCGGUUGCUUCAGUGAGAGAUCUGUGCGGGUGACAACACGAGAGUUGAAAUUUAAGUGAAAAUAGUGGUUUUCCUGGUAUUAUAUCGGUGUUACGUCAAUAACACGUAAACAAAAUUGCUCUGAUAGCGGGGGCGUAGUCUGAUCGGCAAAGAAAAGCCAGACAAAAUGGAUCACCACAACUCUGACUUUCAUCGCAGCUCCAAUUCACUCGAUUCGGAUUCGAAGUCUAGUUCGUUGAACUCCAAACACGGGAUGGAUACAAUUGUGGCCAAUGAAUCGUCUUUCACCUAUCUUUCCGGAGAAAAUAUGCAGGAUAUCAAGAAUGACGUUUCCUAUAUUUGCCCGUACAGUGGACCGGUCGUCGGAACAUUGAAUAUUACCAACUAUAGACUACACUUCCGAUCCCAACCAUCAAGCGAUAAGGAUCCUGUGGUGAUUGUUGAUUGUCCACUUGGGGCCGUAAGUCGAAUCGAAAAAGUCGGAGGAGCGAGUUCGAGGGGUGAAAAUUCGUACGGUAUCGAUAUUUUCUGUAAGGACAUGCGAAACUUACGAUUCGCUCAUAAGCAAGAGAAUCAUUCGAGAAGGACAGUUUUUGAGAAAUUACAGCUGUAUGCUUUUCCACUGGCGAAUAAUGGACAAAUUUUUGCAUUUAACUACAAGGAGAAAUUUCCCGAGGACGGCUGGAGUGUGUUUGAACCGGUGGCCGAGCUUCGACGAAUGGGAGUUAACAGCGCCAAUAAUGAUACCUGGCGAAUUACCAGGAUCAACGAGAAGUACGAGAUCUGCGAUAGCUAUCCUUCGGUAUGGGCCGUGCCGAAAUCGGCAAAGGACGACUUGAUCAAACAGGUGGCAAAUUUUCGAUCACGGAAUCGCCUACCGGUUCUUUGCUGGAUUCAUCCUAAAUCGCUGGCAACCAUUACCCGUUGCUCCCAGCCUCUGGUCGGGGUCAGUGGUAAACGAAAUGAUGCCGAUGAGACGUACAUCAACUACAUUAUGGAAGCGAACGCACAAUCGGAUAAGUUGUCCAUUUUCGAUGCUCGACCGAAUGCGAACGCUAUUGCCAAUAAGGCCAAGGGAGGAGGCUAUGAAUCGGAGGAUGCGUACAAGAAUGUCGAGCUGACGUUCCUUGAUAUUCACAAUAUUCACGUGAUGCGUGAGAGCUUGCGGAAGCUGAAGGAAAUUUGUUUCCCUGCUAGUGAUGACCAGAAGUGGCUUUCGGCGGUGGAUAGUACCUAUUGGUUGAAGCAUAUAAAGUGUAUUUUAGCAGGGGCAGUUCGGAUUGUUGAUAGAAUCGAAAACAUGCGCAUGUCGGUGGUGGUUCAUUGUUCAGACGGAUGGGAUCGUACCUCGCAGUUGACAGCUUUGGCUAUGCUUCUGCUGGAUCCUUACUAUCGUACCCUGAAAGGCUUCGAAGUGCUAAUUGAAAAAGAGUGGCUCAGUUUUGGGCAUAAAUUUGAACAGCGCAUUGGACACGGAGACAAUCACCACUCGGACGCCGAUCGCUCACCAGUAUUCCUGCAGUUUAUUGAUUGCGUGUGGCAGAUUAUAAAACAGUUCCCACACGCCCUCGAGUUCAAUGAGUAUUUUCUGAUAACUGUGCUUGAUCACCUGUACUCGUGCCGAUUUGGAACGUUUUUGUAUAAUACAGAACGAGAACGCGCUCAAAAUGAUCUGAAGACUCGCACCGUCUCACUGUGGUCGUUUAUCAAUUCCUCGCACGAACAGUUCCGCAACCCGCUGUACGGUGGUCGCAACAUGGCAGUUCAGACGGUACUGAAGCCGGUCGUUAGCAUGCGGCAUAUUCGUCUCUGGAAGGGACUCUACUGUCGAUGGAAUCCAAGUAUGCGGCAGCAGGACCCGAUCUAUCAGCGAACCCGGGAACUGUUGGCUCUGCAGGAGCAGCUGCUCAAACAAGUUGAAGACUGCCGGCUGGAGAAAAACCAAAGGACGCAUCAGCAGACGCGACUCACCUCACCGUUGCACUAGGUGGGAGUAUGUAGCGUUUUCCCGAUUCUCUGUGCUUCCGCGGUGAAUAGUCUACGGGAAUAGUUGAAUGCGAUUCGAAUAAUGGUCAUCAUCUCUGUGAGAGAACUCGCCUAUUUAGAACAAUAUAUAUUUUUUGCAAAAGUACUAACGUCUCGCGAAUUCAACCAAGACGCCAGUUCAGAGCUAAGUGGUUCAGUAAGUAUUCUCUGAACAACAAGUAAAAGUAAAGUACAGCGUAUACACACAGUGGCGAGCUUUCGAAAGGACCGAUGCUUGCUCUGUUCUAGUAAACAAACUGAUGAGAGGAUGUGUGUGUGUAUUUGUGUUUGAGUACGUGCAACACAAACAGAUGUGAACUAGCGAUAAGGAGGAAAGUGCCGCAAACAAACUUUCUCGUAUAGUCUUAAUAUAUUAAUAAUUUUGCAACCCACAUCCCCCAUAAUAUCUACUAUGUGAACAAAGAUAGUGCUUGCUGGAUGGGCUUUGUAAUGUCAGCGGCAAAUAGUUAUGCAAUAUUAUUACAUUCAUUAUAUCCUGGCUAUUGCAAGCUCUAACACGGCAUCACGAAAACGGAUACGGAGAUUGAUGACGCAGCAUACGUAUGUUUUGUAUCUAUAGGUUAAAGCUUGAUAUCGUAAGUUUGGAGUGUCGUUUAUUUCCAAACAAUGAUUGGCGCUCUUGGAGCUUUGACUGCAAAACCAAAUAAAAAACAUAUAUGAUUCA